UUACCGAACCUUUGGUUUAGACACACGAACCUCGGGCGUGAAGUCGCGUGGAACUCAGUGCUAAAUUGUAUCAAGAAAAAAUGAUUUUCUUCCACGCUCGACUAGAGACCAUUUUGGUUGUCUGCAGUUUUCUCAGACUCUCAAUGUGUGAUCAGGAUGGUGAUGAAAAGAAUAAGUAUCCUUUCGUUCCGGCCCCUCCCGGCCAGCGACCAGCAUGUGCGAAACCUGGAGCAACUUACUGUGAGCACGUGGAUAACUAUCCAAUAGAUGCUGUAACUUCUGUAUUAAGAGAAAUUCUGGGAGAAAACUUUAAUGCGUCUUCAGUUUCUGUGGACGAACGAGAGGGGCUUCAGGAACCGCCUGAAGAGUUAAUUGGUGGACCUCCUCAGAGUAAAGACAGGCCAACAAGAUCUGUCGGUCUAGAAAGUGAAUUUAGCGAUAAAUUUCAAGACCAGGGAGCCUCCUCCUGCUGUCAAGGGAACACGAUUGUUCCGAAAGUUGCUCUCAACAACAAGAAGCAAUGGCGUUUCAUUGCAACUCAUAUUCCAACAAAACAGGGUAUUGUUGAACAAAAAAUAUCCAUUAUCCCGUGUCAAAGGGAAUGCCAAGAAUGUCCAAAGAAGUUUGUAGCUCGAUCCUUGGUGAGCCUGAAUCCGAUGGGAAGAUUCGUGUUAGACAAGUUUCUGAUUCCUUUCUGCUGUUCAUGCUUUUCAUGAAGUAUCUCAUAAAAAAUCUUUUUUUAAUUUUGACUAGCUUUCAAAGAAAUCAUUUUAAGCUUUGUCUUGUAAAUUUUUCAUGUUUUCCAAGAACCAACUCCUCCAUCUUCAGGACAAGCAGUAGAUUUUCCUGUCCUUUUCCAUCAAUACUACAGGGAAUAACAUUGAUGUACAACCUACUUCGCCAUAAAAUCAACUGAUUUUA